UUGCCUCGGCGCGUCUCCCAGUCCAGGACUGUCACUGCCGCCCCGCCCCUUGCUUCGCCCUUCUCUGCGAUAUACCCUUCCUAAGCCAUGGCUCGUGACAGACUCGCUGCUCUCAGGGCUCAGCGGCAGCAGCAGGAAGCACAGGAUGGCCAACCUCCGCAGUACCAUGAAAUGGCCGGUGUGCAAACACCUACCACGAUAGGCCCCACGACGAAUGGCAACGGAGCGGUGGACGGUGGUGACCCUAUGGCUCGGUUCUAUGAGGAGGUAUCUUCCAUCCAAGAUGGCAUAGCAGAGUUCAACACGAAUGUGCAACAAAUUGGCGAGCUGCACUCUCGCGCCCUCAACAGUACGGACGAGAGCGCCAACCAAAGGACAUCCGCUCUGCUCGAUGACCUUGUGACGAGAACACGCCAAUUGAGCAAUAACCUAAAGGAGCGUAUCCAAGCACUCUCGAAGUCCCCUGCUCCCCGGCCACAAGAUGCGCGCAUCAGAAAUAACCAGACUGGCGUGCUCCGGACAAAGUUUGUGGAACUCCUCCAGAACUACCAACAAGUGGAAAGGGACUACAGGCAGCGGUACAAGCAACGAGUAGAGCGCCAAUUCCGAAUUGUCAAGCCCGAUGCCACGCCGGAAGAGAUAGACGAGGUUGUGAACAACGCUCACGGCGGAGGUGACCAAGUCUUCGCACAGGCGCUCACGAACACAACCCGGUAUGGCGAGUCGAGAGCGGCAUACCGCGAAGUUCAGGAUAGGCACCAGGACAUCAUGAGAAUUGAACGCACACUCGAGGAACUGGCGCAGAUGUUCAACGACAUGAGCGUGCUCGUCAACCAACAAGAAGAGUCGAUCGAUGCUAUCAACCACACGGCUCAGGAUGUCGAAUACAACACGGAGCAAGGGUUGAAACAGACCGAGAAGGCCGUCGUACAUGCCCGCCGCGCACGUCGCAUGCGCUGGAUCUGCUUCAUCAUCGUCCUCAUCAUUUGCGCCGUCGUCGGUAUUGUCGUUGGUGUUGUUGUCAGCAACAACGUCAAGAACAACAAGAAUUGAGGUCUUCAGGGCUUCUACUCACUACUGGUAUGAAUCUGCGAUGACGAAUGGACAUGGACGAAGUAUGCGGCGUUGAAUGGAUCUCUCGACGUUUAUUUGCACAUUCCUGCCGUAUCGUACUCUGUUUGCUUAAUCUUACAUACCACCUACCUUCGUUGCCGAUGUGCUUUGAAUAAUUCUAUCUUCACCUCCACACAGGAGCCCACCGUUGUACGCCGGAGAUCCAGAGGCUGACUCGGACUGACUCGGAUAACUUAUACUCGAGUACGCGCCUUUUGUGCUGAGCUCGGACCGGUGCCAUGACAGAGUGAUUUGGCCGCUGCAGCUCGCUUCGGGUGCCAUCUUUUCCAGCGAGGAGCCUCAAAUUUACUUGUUGGUAAUUACGGUCUGCAACGGAGGAUACUCAGC